GGAAGGGUUUCAGGAAGUACUGCGUCGAAUUAUAUUUGCCGACUGAAAAUCCUCCACAUGACAAUCUGCUGUUGAGAUUCAUACAAAUAACUCCUGUAUUCACGCAGAUCUCUCAUGGCUGGCAGAAGAGUCGUGGUCUUCCCCUCCUCAGCUGAGCUCGGCCCGGUGCUGGCCCAUCUGGUGGCGUCCCGGGCUGAGAAGGCCAUCAGCUCUCAUGGCAGGUUCACCCUGGGGCUCUCUGGAGGAAGCCUUGUGACCAUGCUCAGCAAAGAGCUGCCCGCCCUGCCAGAUCUGGACUGCAGCAAGUGGGUUGUUGGUUUCUGUGACGAGCGGGUGGUUUCCUUCGAUGACCCUGAGAGCACCUAUGGGCUGUACAAGGGUCAGUUGUUCUCCAAGGUCAACAUCCCCGAUAAUGGGAUCUUAACCAUCGACUCCUCUCUGCCAGUCACAGAGUGUGCUGAGGAUUAUACCCGCAAACUGAAGAAGGUCUUCCCUGAUGACGACUUCCCAGUGUUUGACCUGUUACUGCUGGGUAUGGGGCCUGAUGGACACACCUGUUCCCUCUUCCCAAACCACCCUCUCCUGGAGGAAACCAAGAAGAUUGUGGCCCCCAUCAGCGACUCUCCCAAACCACCGCCACAGCGUGUGACUAUGACCUUUCCAGUGGUGAACUCUGCACGCUGUGUGGUUUUUGUGUCAACAGGAGGAAGCAAAGCACCCGUUUUGAAGGAAGUGCUGGAGGGUAGAGAAGGUCCAGCGUUUCCAGCGGCCCGCGUUGUCCCAACUAACGGCGAGCUGUUCUGGCUUGUUGAUGACCCCGCAGCUGCCUCCCUAACUAUCCAGGUAGAGAGGUUAAGCUCAGGGGCCAAACUGUAGAGCUUUUUAUCUGCCGCAUGAAGGCAGGAAGUCAACGCAGGUGUUAAAACUUGAAUUAGCAAACAGGAACAUAGUACAGAACAUUCCUAUUGCUACGUGAAAGUGAAGUUGGUUUACGUAGGUGAGAUAGGAUAUGGAGAAGAAGUAAUAAAACUGAGGACUUUGUUUCCAGUGGAA